CCCCCAUUCCCCACCACCCGUGUCUCAUAUCGCAACCGCAAUAAAAAAAAAGGAGUCGUCGAAAAGCGAGAGGAAAGGGGAUCGAUUCGGGGAGAUCGAGCGAGAGGAGAGCUCCAAAAGGCGAGGCGGGGGAGGAGGGCGGAGCGCACGCGAAAGCUGCCGCCCGGAUCAUCGCCCUCGUUCCAUCUGCCGCGGCGGCGGUGUGGGUGCUUGGCCGCUUUCCUGCUCCCGAGGAGGCCGGGCCCGAUCCGGCGGGAAUGGCGGCCCGAGGCGGGAUCUAGGGGCGGCGGAGGUGGGAGUUAGUCGCGCGGCAAUGGCGGCGGCGGCGCGGCGGUGGGCGAUGUGGGCGCUGCUGCUGCUGCGGCUGCUCCACCCGGCCGCGCGCGUGCUCGCCAACAUGGAAGGUGAUGCAUUGCAUAGCUUAAGGACUAACUUAAAUGAUCCUAAUAAUGUUCUGCAAAGUUGGGAUCCGACUCUGGUCAAUCCGUGCACAUGGUUUCAUGUUACCUGCAAUAACGACAACAGUGUUAUCAGAGUGGACCUUGGAAAUGCUGCACUGUCAGGAACUUUGGUCCCACAGCUUGGCCAGCUCAAAAACUUGCAGUACCUAGAGCUCUACAGUAACAACAUCAGUGGCACUAUACCUAGUGAACUUGGAAAUCUCACAAACUUGGUCAGUUUGGAUUUGUACCUGAACAACUUCACCGGUCCAAUACCGGCUUCAUUGGGGAACCUAUUGAAGCUACGUUUCCUGCGUCUUAACAACAACAGCCUUUCAGGUUCAAUUCCAAAGUCAUUAACUGCUAUCACUGCUCUCCAAGUUCUGGAUCUGUCAAAUAAUAAUUUGUCUGGAGAAGUUCCAUCAACUGGUUCCUUUUCAUUAUUCACCCCUAUCAGUUUUGCGAACAACCCAAACUUAUGUGGACCUGGCACAACGAAACCUUGCCCUGGUGCUCCCCCCUUUUCUCCACCUCCUCCAUACAACCCUCCAACUCCUGUGCAGUCACCAGGGAGUAGUUCCUCUAGUACUGGAGCAAUUGCUGGUGGAGUUGCUGCUGGUGCGGCCUUGCUAUUUGCUGUUCCUGCAAUUGGUUUUGCAUGGUGGCGGCGCAGGAAACCACAAGAGCAUUUCUUUGAUGUACCUGCCGAGGAAGAUCCAGAGGUCCAUCUUGGCCAGCUUAAAAGAUUUUCACUACGAGAACUACAAGUUGCAACAGAUGGCUUCAGCAAUAAGAACAUUCUUGGAAGAGGUGGAUUUGGCAAAGUCUACAAAGGAAGGUUGGCAGACGGUUCAUUAGUCGCUGUUAAGAGACUAAAGGAGGAACGGACACCUGGCGGGGAACUACAGUUUCAAACAGAAGUUGAGAUGAUUAGUAUGGCUGUACACAGAAAUCUAUUGCGUCUUCGUGGAUUCUGUAUGACACCAACAGAAAGGUUGCUUGUGUAUCCAUACAUGGCUAAUGGGAGUGUUGCAUCACGUUUAAGAGAACGGCCACCAUCUGAACCUCCGCUAGAUUGGCAAACAAGAAGAAUGAUUGCAUUGGGUUCUGCCAGGGGCCUGUCCUAUUUACAUGAUCAUUGUGAUCCAAAGAUUAUACAUCGUGAUGUCAAAGCUGCGAAUAUUUUAUUAGAUGAAGACUUUGAAGCUGUAGUGGGGGAUUUUGGUUUGGCCAAACUAAUGGAUUACAAGGAUACCCAUGUAACUACUGCUGUUCGUGGGACAAUCGGCCACAUCGCACCUGAAUAUCUUUCAACAGGAAAAUCCUCUGAGAAGACUGAUGUAUUCGGUUAUGGAAUUAUGCUUUUGGAGCUUAUUACAGGGCAACGUGCCUUUGAUCUUGCUCGCCUUGCCAAUGAUGACGAUGUCAUGCUGCUUGACUGGGUCAAGGGAUUACUCAAGGAGAAGAAAUUGGUGACGUUGGUUGACCCAGAUCUACAUGCCAACUACAUUGACGUUGAGGUGGAAUCGCUGAUCCAGGUCGCGCUCCUUUGCACGCAGGGCUCACCAAUGGAGCGGCCUAAGAUGUCGGAGGUGGUGAGGAUGCUCGAAGGUGAUGGUCUUGCAGAGAGAUGGGAGGAGUGGCAAAAGGUAGAAGUAGUACGGCAGGAGGUCGAGCUAGGCCCGCAUCGAAACUCGGAGUGGAUUCUUGACUCAACUGACAAUCUUCACGCGGACGAGCUAUCAGGGCCGAGGUGAUGACAGCGCACUCAUGACCUGCUGCUAAUUAUUGUAUUUUGUAAGGGUAACAGCGAUGUGUAUCAAUCAUCCGAGUCGAAUCCCCAUUUGUUCAUAUCAAUCGAUGGGUGAAGAUGUAGUCAGCCACAAUGCGCUGGUGACAUGUGAUGCGCUCGACGUGUAAUGCUCUCUUUCCUCCUUGAUGCAUCGCCAUGGGCAUCUUAUGGUGGGAGGGCAGCAGAUCCCAAGGAGCUAAUGUCCUGUGCAAUGGCUUCACCAAGGCACCGUGUGUUCAAAGGAGGUAGGGGUGGAGGUGAUAUGGCUAUCUGCUGGGUAUAUGGUAAUUGUUCUGACAAUUGACAUCUAACUAUUUUGUACCAAAUGUAAGGAUGGAAUCCGCGUAAUCUUUUGUGUCUCCCCUCCUUUGGAAGGAUCGGAUGAUAUAGCUGUUCUAUCUGCCAAAGGUCAAUCUUAAAUAUCUGAAUUGUAGCA